GAGGCGCUGGGAGCAGCUGCCGCGGCGUCCUCUGGCAGUGCGCGCGGCUCUCCUCCGGGACCUGCGCCGGGCGGGGGCGGGGCGGCCGGGGAGGGAGAGCGGCAGGCGGGAAGGGGCGGGGAGCGCGCUCCUGCGGCGGCGGCGGCGGUUGUGCUCAUCCCGGCGGCCCAGCGCUCGAGUGGACGCGGGGCUUCGCAAAUGGCUUGUCCUGCUCUCGGUUUGGAAGCUCUUCAGCCCCUGCAGCCCGAGCCUCCCCCCGAGCCCGCCUUCUCCGAGGCUCAGAAGUGGAUCGAGGUUGCUGAAUGCUAUAAAGCCAGGACUUGUUAAAAAGAUCAAUAGAUUGCCUACCCCCAUUGCAGGAUUGGACAAUAUUAUCUUGUUCUUGAGAGGUUGUAAAGAGCUCGGCCUUAAAGAAUCUCAACUCUUUGACCCGAGUGACCUCCAGGAUACGUCCAACAGAGCAACGGUCAAGAGCCUUGACUAUAGUAGGAAGCUGAAAAAUGUAUUAGUUACCAUUUACUGGCUGGGAAAAGCUGCGAACAGCUGCGCGUCCUAUAGCGGAACUACCUUGAACCUGAAGGAGUUCGAAGGAUUGUUGGCGCAGAUGAGAAAGGAAACUGAUGACAUUGAGAGUCCUAAACGCAGCAUCCGAGACAGUGGCUACAUCGACUGCUGGGAUUCCGAGCGCAGUGACUCUCUCUCCCCUCCUCGCCAUGGCCGAGAUGACUCCUUUGACAGCCUAGACUCCUUUGGCUCCCGCUCUAGGCAGACACCUUCGCCAGAUGUAGUGCUCAGGGGAAGCAGUGAUGGGAGAGGAAGUGACUCUGAAUCCGACUUGCCGCAUCGGAAGCUGCCAGAUGUGAAGAAGGAUGACAUGUCUGCCCGGCGGACUUCCCAUGGCGAGCUGAAGUCAGCAGUGCCUUUUAACCAGUACCUCCCAAACAAGAGCAACCAGACAGCCUAUGUCCCUGCCCCUCUGAGAAAGAAGAAAGCAGAGCGAGAGGAAUACCGCAAGAGCUGGAGUACCGCCACCUCGCCCCUGGGCGGGGAGAGGCCCUUCAGUUAUCCUGAAACAAUAGAGGAAGAAGGAAGCGAAGUGGGGUCUCCAGAUGAAGAAGACCCAACCUGCCAAAUGGAUCCUGGUGGGAAGGCUCCCGAUGGUGGGUUAGAAUUACCCAACGUUAGUGGGAAGGAGCAGCCUCCUGCAGAGGGGGCUUCAGUGGCGCCAACUCCCCUGUCUGAAGACAAAGAUGCUGCUGAAAUCCAAAAACGCAGAAGGCUAGAGCAAGCCGGGAUCAAGGUCAUGCCUGCAGCGCAGCGCUUUGCCAGCCAAAAGCAAGUAAAUGAAGAUAAAGAAGCUGUUCGUGAUAUUAUCCUUCGCAAAGAAAAUCCUUUCCUGGCCCAUCAACAUGGCAGAGAUUCCGAGUCAGAAGAUGAAGUUGUGUGUCGACUGCCCGACCUUGAGAAAGACGACUUUGCUGCAAGAAGAGCAAGGACGAACCAAACCAAGCCAGCCGUGCCAUUGAAUCAGCUCCUCUAUGGGCCUUAUCGUAAAAAAGACACAGAGAAAUCAGAUAGCAGCCAACAGCUCUCAAAGGGAAUCUCAGAAAAGAAAAAUCUAGAAUAUAACAGAAACCAGGGCCAAACAGAAGAGGUGAAGUCGACGGUGACCUGUAUUACGCGAGCUCAGGAGAGUGAGCCAGGGGAAGAGGGACUCAGGAAGGUCCCAGACCUGUACAAGGAUGACCUGGCCCAGAGGAGAAUCCAGGGCAGUCUUGGUCCCCACCGGGAGGUGCCCAGCUUCAUCACACUCUCCAGAAUUACAGAAGCUGACUUGCAGACAUGGGAGCGACUGAAGGUUUCAGAAAAGACGAGGGAUGGAGAUGCUCAGCACAUCUGUGUCCCUGAGCCGUCACCUGAAAUCAGUGCUGAAACUGCCAUCCGCGAUGAUUUUGCCAGCCGCAAAGCCAGAGCCUACACAAAAACUUCCAGCCCUAGGCAAAAGUUUGUGCACUUUGGGCCUGUGACAGAGAUAGAUCAGCAGAAAUGGAAGAGGCUCAGCAUUGGCAAGGCUGGGCCUAGGGAGGGUGUAGAAGAAGUUACCACGCAUGGCAGCAAGAGUCAAGCUUACCCCAUGUCCCCUGACUCAGCAGCUACUCCCAGCCUAAAGGAAGACCAAAAGCUUAAUCCACAAAACGACUGCAGGAUAGUGAAUUCUGGCAAAGAUGACCAUUUCCAAAGAGUCUCGUGGCUGGCUCCUGUGCCAGAGUCUCAGGAAGAGCAGGUCUGCAAUUUGGGUGAGUGCCCAAGGAGGACAGAGGAAGUUACAUCCAAAGAGCUACCACAGGAUGACAAAGAAGAAAAUGGUGGAGUUGAUCAAAGGGAUUCUGAGAAGCCACAAAAGGCAGAAAGAUCAGAGGAGCACAGCCAGCCCCUAGCCUGCCUUCUGGCCUCUGAAUGGGAGACUUCAGAGACAAAAGAGAAGUCAGAGAAGAUGACAGCUCCUCCCUGGAGUGGCAGUGGACUGAAAGACCAAAGCAAGGUGUCUGAUUCACAAAAAGAUGACAUGAUGACAAGGAGAACUGGGAUGUCCCCUAGACACCCUGGAUCCAGCCCAAACCAGUUCCUUCCAGUUCCAUUUGCAAAGAAACAGGAUGUGGAAGAACCUGCAAAGGGUCUGCCCCUGAAUGAUCCAAGAUACGGUCCGAGAACUCCUGUGUCAGAUGACGCAGAGAGCACGAGUAUGUUUGACAUGCGGUGUGAGGAGGAGGCCGCGGUGCUGCCGCACAGCAGGGCCCGCCAGGAGCAGCUGCAGCUGAUAAAUAACCAGCUGAGGGAAGAGGACGACAAAUGGCAAGAUGACCUGGCUCGUUGGAAGAGUCGUAGAAGAAGUGCCUCUCAGGACUUGAUCAAGAAAGAGGAAGAAAGGAAAAAAAUGGAGAAGUUACUAGCUGGAGAGGAUGGGACAAGUGAACGAAGGAAAAGCAUCAAAACCUACAGAGAAAUUGUUCAAGAAAAAGAGCGGAGAGAGAGAGAAUUGCACGAGGCAUAUAAGAAUGCACGGUCCCAGGAGGAGGCAGAAGGGAUCCUUCAGCAGUACAUCGAGAGGUUCACCAUCAGUGAGGCUGUUCUCGAACGCUUGGAGAUGCCAAAAAUUCUGGAAAGAAGCCAUUCAACAGAGCCAAACUUCUCCUCCUUCCCAAAUGACCCAAACCCUAUGAAAUACCUGCGGCAACAGUCACUGCCUCCACCCAAAUUCACUGCCACCGUUGAAACCACCAUUACUCGUGCUAGUGUUCUGGACACCAGCACGUCAGCUGGCAGUGGAUCUCCAAGCAAAACUGUCACUCCCAAAGCAGUGCCUAUGCUGACACCCAAGCCUUACUCCCAGCCCAAAAACUCUCAGGAGGUUCUGAAGACCUUUAAGGUAGAUGGGAAAAUCAGCAUGAAUGGAGAGACGGUCCAUGGAGAUGAGGAGGAGAAGGAAAAAGAGGGGCCCACAGGAGCACCUGCCCCCACCCUAACCAAAUCCCAGAUGUUUGAAGGUGUGGCCAGAGUCCAUGGGUCCCCUGUGGAGGUGAAACAUGACAACAAUAGCAUUGAGAUUAACAUCAAGAAGCCAAAUUCUGUUCCUCAGCAACUGGUGACAACCACUGAGGAAACUGAACCCAACAGCCAAGAGGAUGAGAACGAUGGUGGAAAACCAAGAAAAGGGAAUGCAGAACUCGCCUCCUCAGAGCCACAGCAUUUUACGACAACUGUGACUCGAUGCAGCCCGACGGUGGCCUUUGUGGAGUUCUCCUCCAGCCCCCAGCUGAAGAACGAUGUGCCAGAAGAAAAAGACCAGAAGAAGCCAGAACAUGAGAUGAGCGGAAAGGUGGAGCUGGUGCUGUCACAAAAGGUGUUGAAGCCAAAAUCUCCAGAACCAGAAGCCACCCUGACGUUUCCAUUUCUGGACAAAAUGCCUGAAACCAACCAACUACAUUUGCCAAAUCUCAAUUCCCAAGUAGAUUCUCCAAGCAGUGAAAAGUCACCUGUAACUACACCGUUUAAGUUCUGGGCGUGGGACCCAGAAGAGGAGCGCAGGCGACAGGAAAAGUGGCAGCAAGAGCAGGAACGUUUGCUCCAGGAGAGAUACCAGAAGGAACAGGACAAGCUGAAGGAAGAGUGGGAAAAGGCCCAAAAGGAGGUGGAAGAGGAAGAACGCAGAUACUAUGAGGAGGAGCGUAAGAUAAUUGAGGACACCGUGGUUCCGUUCACUAUUUCUUCAAGUUCUGCAGACCAGCUGUCUACCUCCUCCUCCAUCACUGAAGGCAGUGGGACAGUGAAUAAGAUGGCUUUGGCAAACUGUCAAGACGAAGAAAAAGAGAUAAGACAGAAGAAAGCAUUCCCGGGGAAUGACAGUGACUUAUUGCUUAAGACUAGGGAAAGCAAUCCACUGGAGGAGAAGGACAGCCUAACUCAAGGACCCUUGGCUGACUCUGAGAAUCCCAUAUCAAGAGGAAUCCAUGAAGAUCAGCUGGAUACAGAGGCUGGAGCCCCACCCUGUGGGGUGAACCCACAGCUAGCUCAGGAUCCAUCCCAGAAUCAACAGGUAUCAAACACACCAAUGCACAUGUCAGAAGAAGUGAAGCCAAAAACCCUCCCAUUGGAUAGAAACAUUAACCAUCAGAUGGAGUCUCCGAGUGAAAGGCGAAAGAAAAGCCCACGAGAGUACUUCCAGGCUGGGCCUUUGUCCCCCUGUUCUCCCACCCCUCCUGGCCAGUCACCAAACAGGUCUAUCAGUGGGAAGAAGCUGUGCUCUUCCUGUGGGCUUCCUUUGGGUAAAGGAGCAGCCAUGAUCAUCGAGACCCUCAAUCUCUAUUUUCACAUCCAGUGUUUUAGGUGUGGAAUUUGUAAAGGACAGCUUGGAGAUGCAGUGAGCGGGACAGAUGUUAGGAUUCGAAAUGGUCUUCUGAACUGUAAUGAUUGUUACCUGCGAUCCAGAAGUGCUGGCCAGCCUACGACAUUGUGACGUGGUUUUCAAGCUUCCAGAUCACUCACUGUUCUUGAUUGAGGGUGUCCCCUGGCAAUUGCAUAACAAACCCCCAAGUUCAGGGGCUUCUCAACAUUCAUCUAAUUUCUGAAAGGCUCUUCUAAAAGAUUGUUUCUGUUUUUUUAUAGCACAGUAUUUGUGUUUUUCCUGGUUUUCUGUUGUUGUUUUUGUGAGGUUUCCCCCGACUCCAUGUUAUUUUGCAAUAUACAAAAGAAUAUUGAAUUGUAAUGAUCCUGAAUAGUUCAAAAAAUGGUUUUAGCAUGGCCAAACAGGCUUGCGGUUUAAAAUGUUAUUCUCUUCUUUGGGAAAUAACUAAAGGUUGCAAUAAACCUGUUAUGUUUUAGUAUUUCUAGAAAUUAAACACUUUAUGUUUACAAAAUUGAGCUGCAGAAAGUGCAAGACAUGCCAAUUUGAGACAUGUGGUGUUCUAAAGACAGGAGCAUAAAUUUAAUGCAUUUCAGAAAAACUAAGCAUCACAGUGAGCUGUCUCUGAGCUAUAACUUGUUUUUAAUGCAAAGACACUAGUCUGAUAAUAUAUACUGUAAUCCUGAAAACAUUUGUGUUACUUAUCUUUUGGGAUAGAAGUAAAACCAAUAAAUUAUUGCACUGUUAGUAUUAGAUUUUGUGUAUCUUGGAAGUUACAUCAUUAAUAUAGGCUGGUCCAUCAAAAUAAAGAGAACCUUUGCAAUAUCAGCUAGACUUAAACUCUAGGACAUUGCCAAAGGGUAGGAAGAAACUAGAGGGAGAUAUUUCAGUCAUCAUUUCCAAACUUAUUACCAAAAUCUAUGAGGAAGUUUAAUCUUGAAAAGAGUGGUGGGGCCAUGAUAGCAUGAGGCCUGGGUUGCUUGCUUCUUCCCAUACUCUAGAUCUGGAGUCUUCAAUAAAAGGCUUAAUACGAGGCAUGGAGAUGAGGCCAUCAUUGGGUGUGAUCACUGCUCACCCUACCUGCAAGUUCUCCUUGAGGGCAUGAUACACAGGUAUCCAAAGAAAAGCAUUAAAUAAGUCCACUCCAAUGGAAUCCACAUGAUAUAGGUUGUGAUAAGCCACUGGUAUGUGAUCAGCAAGAACCUACAGCUCAGAUUGUGUCCUGCCCAAUCCAGUGGACAUCUGAGCUCCAUUGUUCUCCUACAUCACCUUCUUUACUAUCAAGAUUCUGGACCUUGCUCAUGGAGUUCAGAAAGAAACUCUUGUGGAGACCUGGCUUAUUCUCUGGCCUGUGUGAUAAGUUUCAGCUGGACAAUAAAGGAAUCAAGUGACUAAAAACCAUCAAAACUUAGAUCUCCAGGCUGUUUUCUCUAAGACUGGGGAAAGAGGGACUAUUUAUUCUGCCUUAAAAUGAUGGCAAAUAAGUGAAGAUGACCUCUCAUGAAUAUAGGAUAUGGAAACACUCCCAAUAGGUUAAUGUAGUCAUAAAAAGAGGUCAAGUAGAUUUUUCGUUAUGUAAGCAAUAAUUUUUUCCUGUGUUUUAUAGAGUAUGGCUAGCAAUUAUUUAUUUCCACGCUAGACAGUUCUUUGCAUGUGGGUUCCAUGUAGGUGCAGAAAUUUCCUCAGCCACUGGUGGUAUUUUGACCACGUUGUCAUUUGGACGAGCUGUUAUUGGAUUGAAAUCUCCACAUCAUUUCAUUAAAAAUUGUGCCUUAGAAAAUGCAAAGCUGUUGCACAUGGUCAGCGAUGAAUUAUGGAUGCAGUAUGUCAAAGAGAGAUGAAGUCACUUCCAAGUUCCCAUGACUUCUCAUGGAGGUGUUUGCUGUUUUACAGGAAAAAAAAAAAAGUUAAAAAGAAAAUAAGGAAAAAUUUAAAAGAAAAAAGUUUUGAAAAUGUACAUAUUAAGUCCAAUAUUUUGAUUAACCACCUGCAUGUUUUAUUAAAUAUUUUGAUAAUGUGGAUGUUUACACUUUGCAUGAUAUUAGCAGAGUACUUUAUGCACAAAACAUGUACAAUAUGGUCAUUCAUAACCGAUUUUUAUAGAAUACUUUUUACAUGCGGAACUCCAUCCAUUAUGUGAGGAUUAUAUGAAUAUUGCACAUUCUCUUCUGGUUUCACAGACCCAUUUAUAAAUAUUUCUUAGUGAGACUCAUUGUACAUGUAUUGAAGCUAGAAUUGAGUCAAGAAAAAUAAAGCCCCAUUCUCCAACUGCAAAAUGUGCUUUCCCAUAAUGAACACUAGUCACCAGCACAGAAUAAUCUCCAACAUUUUCUAAAUUCUAAUUGCCAACUGUUUCUAUUUCUAUUUGAUUUAUAUUUCAUUUGGAGUCGGUUACAUGGCAGCUUAGGCAGACUAGAUCUUGUUUUUCCAAUGCAGUAAGAUGAGUAUGAUCUAUUUCUUUUCAAAUAAUCUUUGAGAUCCCAGGAAAACAAAAUGCCCUGCGCUGUUGAGCUAUAAUGUAAAUGUGUUUGUUUAAAAAAACCGAUGAGGCAAGUGAGUGAUUUAUUGUUCCUGAGGAAGUAGAUCUGAUUUUAUUUUAUGUUUUUUGCUCAUACUCCAGAAGCUAGUCCCUCCUCUUUCCUAAGGAAAAACAAAUGGGUAACUCUUUGUUUUUCACUAGCAAACUUUCAUGACAUUUUUCUCAUUCUUUCUAUGUAGUGUUAUUAAUGCAAUACAUAUGCUAGUUAUCUAUACGCAGUGUAAGAUUUAAUGAACUGAAUGAUCCACCUCAUGUGAGUCCGUCCAAAAGAUGUUACUGUUCUGGGUGGGCCAGCGUUCUACAUCGGUUACACUAACUUUCAUUUACAAUAUUUAUUCUAAAAUGCCUCUGAAAAAUAGUAAAAAAAUAAAAAUAAAAAGUUGUCUAAAAUGCAACAGCUUUUAUAGUAAAUGUACAUUUAUAAAUAAAAUACUCAAAUCAA